AUGUUCCUUCGACGUCUUUAUAAUAGCUAUUUCCCUAGUAUACGAAGUGAUCCUUCAUUUAAUCAGACAAGGACUUUAUUUAUUGCAUCAAUAGGAAACCCAGAACCAGAAUACAAAUCAACUAGACAUAAUGUAGGCCAUCGAAUGAUGGACCAGCUUGUAGAUAUAUAUUGGAAACAACAUCUAAUCAAACGAGGAGACUACUAUUAUUCAUCUAAGUAUCCAAACAUUGUACUAUUUAAAUCAGUUGAUUCAUAUAUGAAUCUUCAAGGAAAACCAAUCUCGAAACAUUUUUCAAAGUAUAACAACAAUACUAACAAAAAGUUAAUUAUAUUGCAUGAUGAAUUACAAGUUGAUCUUGGGAAAUAUCAAAUUAGGAAACCGGGCACUAGUGAAAGAGGUCAUAAUGGAUUGAAAUCUAUAAAUCAAUAUAUGAAAAAUGACUAUUAUAAGAUUUCAAUUGGGAUAGGGAGACCUAAUGAUCGAAAUCAAGUAACAGAUCAUGUCUUAUCUAAAUUUAAUGAUCGAGAAAUGGAGUUGUUAGAUUUUGAAGUUCUUCCUAAAUGUGUAGAGGAGUUGGAGAAAUUGAUUAAGUUAGAUCUUAAUAGUUCUACCUCUGUAAUAGAGAAGUGUGAAGUAAAGAAAAGUCGAAUAAAGAAGGAAGACCAGUCAGGCAGUACUUAA